AUGGCAUCCGUCCCCGGGGCCAGACCUGCCUUCGGUCGAGAACUCGGCUCCGCCGCGGGCUCCGGCUUCGCCCGGGGAUCGCACGGCACCUCCGGCUUCGCCACCCACCGCCGCGUCGUCAAGGUACGCCCCGACUCCCGCGCGAUUUGCCCCGGCGAAUCCAAAUCUCAAACGGCAGAGGAGAGGACCCAAAAAAAAAACCAAAAAUUGCCAAACGACGCGACCCGCCGCCAAACGCUCACGCGAAACGCCCCCUUUUCCCCCCACGCACUCCCACACGCGCAGGCUCGCGGCGAACUCGUGGUGACCGCCGUCUUCGAGAAGUUCACCGAGCGCGCCAUCAAGGCUGUCAUGCUCGCGCAGCAGGAGGCCAAGGCGCUUCGUCGACCCGAGGUUGGCGUCGAGCACAUCGUGAUGGGCCUCGUCGCCGAGGAGGCCAAGAAGGGCGGCUGGCUCGGCACCGGCGUCACCAUCGACUCGGCGCGCGAGAAGGCUAAGGAGAUCGUCUCGUUCGACAAGGACCGCGCCGCGAGGCGCACGUCCACUUCCGAGGUUCCCUUCAGCCGCGGCGCCAAGCGAGUCUUCGAGGCGGCUCUGAACAACUCGACCAACAUGGGCAUGAACUACAUAGCCCCCGAGCACAUCGCGCUCGCCGUCGCCGAGCUCGACGACGAGUCCCUGGUGAAGUACUUCGAGAUGCUCUCCACCAGCCGCACCUUCGUCAAGAACGAGGCUGAGCGCAGGUUAAAGACGGAGAAGGAGAAGGAGUCGGGGCCGGCGGCGCGACCCAACACUUCCCUCGCGCCGCGUCAGCGCCAGCAGCAGGCUUCGCAGAAGGACGAGAAGUCCCCUCUGAACGACUUCUGCUUCGACCUCACGCAGCGCGCGCGGGACGAGAAGAUCGACCCGAUCAUCGGCAGGGACGAGGAGGUUGAGCGCGUGAUUCAGAUUCUCGCCAGGCGCUCCAAGAACAACCCGAUCCUCCUCGGCGAACCCGGCGUCGGAAAGACGGCCAUCGCGGAGGGCCUCGCGCUGCGAAUCGUCUCCGGUAACGUCCCGGAGUUCCUCCGCGAGAAGCGCGUGCUAUCCCUGGACGUCGGCCUGCUCAUGGCGGGCGCGAAGGAGCGCGGCGAGCUCGAGUCGAGGGUCACCGGCCUCAUCAAGGAGAUUCAGGACAAGAAGGACGUCGUGCUCAUGAUCGACGAGGUUCACACGCUCAUCGGCGCCGGCGCCGUGGGUAAGGGCGGCGGCGGCGGCAUGGACAUCAGCAACAUGCUCAAGCCCCCCUUGGCGCGUGGCGAGCUCCAGUGCAUCGGCGCCACCACGGUGGACGAGCACCGCAAGUACAUCGAGAAGGAUGCCGCGCUCGAGCGCCGUUUCCAGCCCGUGAUGGUCGAGGAGCCGAGCGAGGAGGACGCCAUCGAGAUCCUCUUCGGCCUCCGCGAGCGCUACGAGGCUCAUCACAUGUGCGAGAUCACCGACGACGCCCUGAUCGCGGCGGUUCAAAUAUCCAGCCGAUACAUCGCCGAUCGAUUCCUCCCCGACAAGGCCAUCGACCUCGUCGACGAGGCGGGCUCCGCGGCUCGCAUCAAGCAGUACAUGGCUCAGAAGGAGCGCAGAGGCGAGGUGGAUAAGGCCACGUCCAUGGAGGCUAUGGAGAUGUGGCGCGCGCUCAAGCAGGUGAGCGAGGCGAAGGAGGCGGCCGUGAGGGGUUUGCUCUUCGAGGAGGCUACUCUCCUGCGCGACAGGGAGCGCGAGGUGAAGACCAACCUCUCCAAGCUCGGCGUGAAGGUGGACGAGCUCACCGGCGACGGCGCGUACGGUGGCGCCAAGGUGACGGUCGACGAGAUCGAGGCGGUCGCGGCGAUGUGGAGCGGCAUCCCGGUGCAACGCAUGACGCUCGACGAGCAAGCCAUCCUCGCCAACAUGGACCAGGAUCUCCAGGGCUCCGUGAUUGGCCAGGAGGAGGCGGUCAGCGCGGUGUCCAGGUCCCUCAGGCGCACGCGAUGCGGACUCAAGGAUCCGAACCGCCCGAUCGCGUCCAUGCUCUUCGCGGGUCCGACCGGCGUGGGCAAGACUGAGCUCACGAAGCGUCUGGCGGAGAAGUACUUUGGCAGCGAGGACAACAUGGUGCGACUGGACAUGUCCGAGUACAUGGAGAGGCACAGCGUGUCCAAACUCGUGGGCGCACCCCCGGGGUACGUCGGUUUCGGCCAGGGCGGCACGCUCACCGAGGCUGUUCGACGCAAGCCCUUCACCAUCCUCCUCUUUGACGAGAUUGAGAAGGCGCACCCCGACGUGUUCAACAUCCUGCUCCAGAUGAUGGAGGAUGGGCGCCUCACCGACUCCCAGGGAAGGGUCGUGAGCUUCAAGAACUGUCUCAUCGUGCUCACGUCAAACGUGGGCAGCAAGGUGAUCGCCAAGGGCGGCGGUGGGCUCGGGUUCCAGCUCCAGGAUGACGACGAAGAGGGAUCCGCCGAGUACAAGCGCAUUCGCGAGAAGGUUCUCGACGAGCUCAAAAAUUUCUUCAGACCGGAGAUGCUCAACCGCCUCGACGAGAUCGUGUGCUUCAAGCAGUUGGAGAAGGAGUCCGUGCAGCGCAUCGCACGCUUGAUGCUCCGCGAGACGGCGGGUCGCAUGCGCCUCAAGGGCAUGGAGAUGGCUCUCACCGCGUCCGCGAUGGACAAGCUUCUCGAGACUGGCUUUGACAAGGAAUACGGCGCUCGGCCGCUGAGGCGCGCGAUCACGUCCAUCAUCGACGAUAACCUCUCCGAGGCGAUGCUCCGCGGCGUGAUUCACGAGGGGGACGUCGCGGUGAUCGACUACGACCGGUCGAGCGACCAGUUUGAAGCCGCCGCCGUCGACGCCACCGCGGCGGCGAUGGGCGUGAAGACGUUCAAGGGGGCGGCCAACACGGAGAACACCUACUACGGCGUGAGCGUGACGGGCGUUCGCGGCGAUCCCGCGUCUCAGGGUUUCGACGUCCAGUGGACCAGCGUCGGGCUCGACCUGGAGGGUGAGGAUUUCGACAUUCAUCGGCAGGUGGCGAACAACAUCUCCACGCGAAGUUCCUCCCCCGUGCCCGUCAACGAGUUACCGUGAGAGACGAGUCCGUAUAAUUAUUGGCUCGCUCGACGGCUCGAUCGAUGAGUUGAAAGGGUUGAAUCGAGCGCCGGUUCGAGCUCGGCGCGAUGGAUGGCGCGACGGAGGCGACCGACGCUCGCGUUCGCCCGCACCCUGUACGAGUACCCAGACGCAUUGUACUUUUCAUUUCUGUAUCUUCCUAUUUGGCAUCAAGAACGUUUCGACGCAGUUAACCGCAACCGCACUAGCAAUCCUUUGUAACGUUACAUACACAUUUUCUAAAACCGAUC